AUGGCCCCAGGCACCGGGCGACACGAUGACGGGGAGUUUGACUACUCCCAGAACGACGAGUUGCGUAUGUGCGGGAUGGCCGGAGAUGAUGAGGACGAUGAUGUCCACGAGGACGCUGCCAUGCUCUUCGAUCGUUCUGCUACUGAUCCCCUUCUCGUCGACGACUUCGACCCCCCAGUCGACAUGGCUGAUGCCGACGGUGGCCAAAGCGAGGCAGCAACUGCUAGUUCUAACUCUAGUGAACUUGCAUCCUACCUGGACUGUGACACAAUAAGUCAGUUGGAUGAUGAGUUUGACAUCAUGCAGUGGUGGCAUGAGCACAAGCUUACUUAUUCAGUACUUUCUGUUCUUGCUAAAGACAUUUUGAUAGUGCCUAUGUCAACUAUUUCUUCAGAGUCUACUUUUAGCUUAACUGGCAGAAUCAUCGAGGAACGGCGGUGGAGGCUGAAUCCUGAAACUGUAGAUGCGCUUACCUGUAUCAAGGAUUGGGAGAAGGCUGAACCCUGA